AUGGAAAUAGUGACAAAGACAGCAGCAGCUGACUUUGACUCCCAGAGAGCAGCCACGACGCUGGAUGAGAAGAUUGAGAAAGUGAGACAGAAAAGGAAGCUCCAGGAAAGAGAAGCUAAGCAAGCACAAGUGAGAGAUGAAGAUGCGGAAACUAAGGAUAAUCAAACAAAAACCAGGGAGUGUGAGGAUUUCGGUAGGGACGAAGAAGAUGUGGAGUCUCAGUAUUCGUUGGAUGAUGAAACUAUCUUCACAAAAGCAGAUACAGUCAAAGUGAAGGAACGGAAGAGAUCAAAAAAGGGAGAAGCGGAAGCAGAGAGCUUUUUUGAAGAUGCCUCUCAAUAUGACGAUAACUUGUCAUUCCAGGACAUGAAUCUUUCACGACCUUUGCUAAAGGCAAUCACAGCUCUUGGCUUCAAGCAACCAACCCCAAUUCAGAAGGCUUGUAUCCCGGUGGGUCUUCUGGGGAAGGAUAUUUGUGCCUGUGCUGCCACUGGGACAGGUAAAACAGCUGCCUUCAUCUUGCCUGUCCUUGAGCGCCUAAUUUACAAACCUCGUCAGGCUCCGAUAACACGGGUAUUGGUCCUAGUGCCAACACGAGAACUGGGUAUUCAGGUGCACUCUGUCACAAAACAGCUGGCGCAGUUCAGCAGUGUCACAACUUGCAUUGCUGUAGGUGGCCUAGAUGUGAAGACUCAGGAAGCAGCUCUGCGCUCCGGGCCAGACAUUCUUAUCGCCACUCCUGGGCGACUGAUUGAUCAUCUCCACAACUGCCCUUCUUUCCACCUGAGCAGUGUCGAGGUGCUGAUUUUGGAUGAAGCAGACAGGAUGCUGGAUGAAUACUUUGAGGAACAGAUGAAGGAAAUAAUCAGGUUGUGCUCCCACCACCGUCAGACAAUGCUUUUCUCUGCCACAAUGACAGAAGAGGUGAAAGACUUGGCUUCUGUUUCCCUGAAAAAUCCCGUCCGAAUUUUUGUGAACAGCAACACAGAUGUGGCCCCUUUCCUGCGGCAGGAAUUUAUCCGGAUCAGACCCAACCGAGAGGGGGACCGUGAGGCCAUUGUGUCAGCUCUACUGACGCGAACCUUCCCUGAUCAUGUGAUGCUUUUCACCCAGACCAAGAAGCAAGCUCACCGUAUGCACAUCCUCCUCGGGCUGAUGGGUCUGCGGGUUGGGGAACUUCAUGGGAACCUCUCUCAGGCACAGCGGCUGGAAGCACUCCGGCGCUUUAAGGACGAGCAGAUCGAUAUUCUGGUAGCUACAGAUGUGGCUGCACGUGGACUUGAUAUUGAAGGUGUUAAAACGGUAAUCAAUUUUACCAUGCCCAACACCACCAAACACUAUGUUCAUCGGGUGGGUCGGACAGCAAGAGCAGGCAGGGCUGGUCGUUCAGUUUCACUUGUGGGUGAGGAAGAGCGCAAGAUGCUGAAGGAUAUUGUGAAGACUGCCAAAACACCGGUGAAAGCCAGAAUUCUUCCCCAAGAUGUCAUACUAAAAUUUCGAGAGAAGAUUGAGAAUCUAGAGAAAGAUGUGUAUGCAGUUCUGUGCUUGGAGCGUGAGGAACGCGAGAUGCAGCAGUCAGAGGCCCAGAUCAAUAAGGCAAAGAAGCAGCUGGAGGGAGGAAAAAAAGAGACUGCGGGUGAGGGUUUGGAGCGGAGCUGGUUCCAGACGCGUGAGGAGAGGAAGAAAGAGAAGUUGGCCAAAGCCCUGCAGGAGUUUGACCUAGCAUUACGAGGCAAAAAGAAAAGGAAGAAAUUUAUGCAGGACAGCCAGAAAAAAGUCCAAAUGACGCCAGAGGAGAGGUCACAGUUUGAAAUCUUGAAAUCUCAAAUGUACGCUGAGCGGUUGGCAAAAAGGAAUCGCCGAGCAAAGCGAGCCAGAGCCUUGCCAGAAGAGGAACCAGCAGCAGCACCAGCAGGCCCCAAGCGGAAGAAAAAACUGUCUGUGUUUGAUGAAGAGCUUACCAACACAAGCAGGAAGGCUCUGAAGCAGUACCGCGCCGGCCCAUCGUUUGAAGAUCGGAAACGCUUGGGUAUGGCCCAACAUAGGAAAGGAGGAAACUUCAAAUCCAAAUCCAGGUACAAGAGAAAGUAA